GCGGGGCCUGUUUCUAGGGAGACCGAGUGUAAACAGCCCGCGCCGCUGCUGAGCCAGCAUGGCCUGGCCCCGGGGGCCGUCGCGCGGGGAAUCUCUCCCACCUCCAACUAAAAGUUCAAGUUACCAAUCACAGCCUAGGAGCCUGAAAUGCAUCCAUUCAGGAAAAUGGAAAACUUUGCCCUUUCAGUUUUCUGCUGGUAGUCAUUUAUCCACAUGGCCUGCCUAUGCAUCUGGGCAAGCAGUCCUACAGAACAGUCAACCCUGUUGUGAUCCUGAGAAGAGAAGCAGUGAACAGGCUUCCCUGACAAUUGCAAAACCACGAUACCUGGAGCAAAUGGAAUCCUAUUUAAGAGAAGAAGUGCAGGCUCUGGACCUCACCAAAGAUAAUGCCCAGGAGCUGAAGCUUCAGGUUCCUAAAGGAAAAGUGCAUGGAAAAAGAAGACAUCUUUGGCCCUUAUUGGAAGAGAACAAACUUUGCAUGCCUUACAGAGAGAUCUUUGAGUUCUUCAUAGAAGCCUUCAAAACCUACAAACCUUUGCUGUCUGCGAUAAAGAACGAGUAUGAAAUUACUCUGGAUGUCCAGAGAGAGAAGAUCCGUGCCCUGGAGCCCCUGAAAUCUAUGUUUGCAACUGUGUCAGAUAAAUGCACUCAGAAGAUUUCAGCACUCAAGAAAGAGGAAAAUGCUAAAAUAAAGACAUUGAUGAAAGAGAAACUGUAUCUAUUAAAGCUCAUUGAUAAAAUGAAAGAAGAGAAAGCUUCCCUUCAGGCUCAGGUGAAUAAGCUGCAGAAGAAUGUGGCUGAGGAGUAUCUGCACUACCGUAAUGAGUGUGAUGCCCGCAAGUUGCUUCUAGCAGACCUGAACGAAAUGCGCAGUCAACAGUUGGAGAUGACACUCCACCAAACACAAGAUAUAAAGAGUGAAGACAUAGUGAAGUUAACGCUGGCAUUAAAGAUAGCUCGGCGGGACCUCACGAAAGCCCAGGUGGAGCUGAACACCAUGAAAGCAGACUAUGGAGAUGUUGUACCUCGGAGAGAUUUUGAAUCACAGGAGAAAAAAUAUUCUGACUUGUGUCAACAGACAGAGACCCUGCAGAAGGACUUUGAUCAGCUGCAGAAGGAGUAUGACACUCUGCUGGAAGUCCAUGGAGAGACUGUAGAAGAGCGAAACCGGUUCUACAAUGAACUCCAGCAAGUUCUGCGCAGCUCAACACCCCGGCCUGACUGGGCAAAGUGUGCAGGGGUUGUUCCUGGUGGUGUGGACCGGUGGAGAUUUCUGGCAGAGGGGAAGACCAGUAACCAGCUGGUGGACCUGCUUCUGGAGGAAAUGGGAGCAGCAGUUCUGAGAGAGAAGGACUUCUUCCCUGGGCUGGGCAAGGGUGACAAGGUUCCUGUGUACCUGAGGUAUGAAGGCCAGGUCAAGAACAGGAAGCUCAACAAAAAGAAUGUAGUGAACAUCCUGAAGGACCUGUGGAAAGAGAGAAUCUCAGCACACCAGCAGACAGGGUGGCAGUCUAGCCUUCCUGAGUUCUUCCUUAGCUACCUCCAGAAGAGGUAUGGAGAUGCCUCUGCCUUCGAGAUGGCUUACAGCAUCUAUGAAAGUGUUAAGCUGUAUCGAUCAAAUCAUGUCAUGAAUUUGUCCUAUGACAUACUGACUGGAAAGGUGGAUGAAGGCGUGUACCAUGGCCUGAACCAGAUGCUAUCCAACUUGCUAAAGGAGUUGACUGCAAUAGACAGCUCAAACAGCGGAGCUGUUACCAGUAAACAGUUCAAUCUGGCACUGAGGGCAGCUUUCCCACUGAAAAGUAAUGAGCACGUCCAAGAACUAAUAGAAGCCAGCAAGUGCAAGGCAGAGAGCGCUGAGGACCUCAUAUUCUACACAGCCUUAUUCAAUGAGGAUGCAGAGGGGAACACUGAGCCCUUUGUUGUGAAGGUCUGGAACCAGUACGUUGCCGAGAAGCAGGACUAUCUGAGAGAGCUACAGAAUGAGCUGGGACAUGUGAUAGAGGUGAAAGUGGAUGAUCUGAAGACAGCCUUGUAUGCAAUUGAUCCUACUAUUGACGACCUGACAAUGGACAACUACAUCUACCUGGCUUACCAGGUCCCAAAAGAAGAGUUGGAGCAGGCUGUCCCUCUGCCUUUGGAGACAAUAAUUGAGAAACUGCUGGCUGGAGACAUAAGGCGAGCAGGCCCCUUACCUGAGGAGGCAAGCAGACCAGCACCAGAAGAGGGAGAACCAAGAGACUAUGAUUAUUAUUAAACAGAUCCUCACCCGCCCCACAUUCAGCUAAGCGCUUUGGUAUGUAACAUUACACAAGUUACAGCUCUGGGCUACUGCACUGUAAUGUUGUUUCUGUGCCUGAAUGGGUCCAGCUUAUAGUUACAGCAGAGAAAUCUAGACUGAUUUGGGUAUUUGGCAAUACAGACAGCUCAGGCAGGUAAGAUACCUGUAUUAAUAGUUCAAUUUCAGCUCCCUACUAAAGCAAGGUUCACCUGACGUCCAGUCUGUAGCCCUGGCAGGGGCAGCCCAUCCUUCCACUGCAAGCUGAAAGGCAAGGAGCCAAGCAAGUGGUGAGCUGGGACCUCUAGUUAAACACUCCACUAAUAGCCUAAGUGCAGCAACUGCUAAAGCCUACAAGCCUCCUUAAGUCCCCUCUCCCGUUUUUUUUGUUUUGUUUUAGAGGGGUCAGGCAAGAUUCUAUAAGAAAUUUCAAAGGAAAGGCUGCCUACAAGGGAAAGUUAUAAUAAUAAACCACUAGAAUAACUUU